GAGACCUGCAGAGGAACUAGCAGCCCGGGCACUGCAGAGGAGCUCACAGCCCAGGACCUGUAGAGAAGUAAGACUCGAAUCUGGUCUGCUUCGCAUGCUGUUAGGCUGACUGUGUUCCAAGAGAAGGUGGAGGGAAGGAGAAGGACCUGAGAGCAUCAGAGAAAGCUGUCUCGGCAACUGAAGCCUUCAAAUUGUGGGUACUGGGACCCUGCCUCCCUGAGACUCUUUGCUGAUUGAAACAUCUCCCCAGUCCCGUGACAGCUACUGUGAGCCUUGGUCUCUAUUCACUUCUGAACCCCACCUCCCAGAGAACAUCAUCUCCAAUAAUCACAACAAGCUUUUUCCCCUUGGUGGAGUGACCGUUUCCCACAAUAGAGAGGCAGAAAGCAAGACUUGCAUUAUCAGCCUCCAUGUACUCAGAGAUCCAGAGGGAGCGGGCUGACAUCGAGGGACUCAUGGCCAGACCAGAGUACAGAGAGUGGAACUCAGAGCUCAUCAAACCCAAGAAGCUGCUGAACCCUGUGAAGGCUUCUCGGAGCCAUCAGGAGCUGCACCGUGAGCUGCUUAUGAACCACAAAAGGGGCUUGGGUAUGGACAGCAAGCCUGAGCUGCAGCGAGUUCUAGAGCACCGUCGCAGGAAUCAGCUGAUCAAAAAGAAGGAGGAGGAGCUAGAGGCCAAGCGGAUGCAGUGCCCCUUCAAGCAGGAGCUGCUGAGGCGGCAGCAGAGACUGAACCAGCUGGAAAACCCACCACAGAGAGACGAGGACCACGCCCCUGAGUUCAUCAAAGUCCGGGAAAACCUACGCAGAAUCACCACACUGACCAGCGAGGAAAGAGCACUGUAGAGCUCCCUCCAUCCAGCUCCUGCCACUUACUCUGGCCCAGCCCUCCUCCAGCCAGUCUGAACCUGAGGACCCUAGCCCACAAUGCUGCCAGCAAGGCACACCUGAAAGGCCAGCUAUUCCUGGGAAGCUGGAGACACACACACACACACACACACACACACACACACACACACACACACACAGAGGAAGGUCUCUGGACUUUUCUUUCUGAGCACCUAGCCUUCUUGCACCAGAGAGGAAGCCACUGCCAGGAAAGACCUCCAGAGGUGCCAUCCCCGAUCAGACUCACUGAUAUUUCCCUAGCAGAAGUGAGGAAGAGGGCCAAGUGUCCCUCCAUUCUGCCUCAGUUGCCCAAUAAGGCCUAUUUCUUGGAGCAGCUCAGCUCCUAGUGUUGGGAACAGCUCAACUCUGGCUUAGCCUGAGGCCAAGGACACCUGUUUUAGAAAUCACAGGGCAAGCAAAGAAGGCACCAGAUGUUUGUAGCAAGGAAGGGCAUGGGAGGCGACAGCAGGCUGUGGUCAGGUGGGAAGGGUCCCAAGCAAAGCAGCUUUCGGUCUUGCCAGCUUGCCUCAGAGUUUGGCUUUUAUUGCUCCUCCCCACUGCCCUCCCUAAAUUACUAACCACACCUCACCUCAGAGCUCUGGCUUCCAGCCUAGAUCAGCACAUUGCCAAGUUUACUGUAUACACAAAUCAGAGAAUCUUGUGAACAGUCCCUGGAAGCUACAUGUCUAACACACUCCCGGAGGUGGUCCUGGACGUGGGUUGGAACAUAUAGUUAGGCUGACGCACCCAAGAGUGGUAUAUUAAAAAUAGCCAACUCUCUUGGCUCCCUGGCCUGAAGGUUCCCAGUGCCUCCUCUGAAGCCCCCAAAUUCUUCAUUCACUAUCCAUAGUGUUCCCACCACACACACACACACACAGAAUUCCUUGGCCUGGUCAGGGGAUUGUAACUGCCAAUCUUUAUUUCUUACUGGUAUAAAAACACUAUCAUACAAUUCUAGCCAAAAAGAAGGGGGAAAGAACCUUAGCUUUCUACAGCUUUUUGGAAAGCAACUAUACAAUGAUUUCCUAUGGAACAAUAUAUAUGCUAUUUUGAAGACCCCACUGCCAUGGUGAUGGAAUAAACUCUUAGGUCAAUAUUGCCAGCACUGUUACCUGAGACCCUGCCCCUCCUUCCCCCCAGUCUGGGUCUUCCCCACCCAUUCUUCUUCCUCAGAAGCCCCUUCCUCCCUCUGUUACACCCGAAUUACUUGAAUCUUUUGCUCCUAUGCCAUUUUUGAAGAUCUACAGAGUACGCCAGGCCGAAAUUCUUUCACCUGAAGAAUGAAAUCCAUAAUUCACCUUCGCAGGUGGGAAGAGCACUUCCAGACAAGCAGAAGUUCUCACUCCCCAGAGCACAGAUUUCCCUGCUGGGGCACCAGGGGCUCUGCCUCCUGGAAAUGAUGGUGGGAUGGCCAGCAGGGUCUGACAGUGAAUGGAGAUUCUAUCUCUUCCUUAUGGAUGUUACCUGCAUAGAUGUGUAACACACACACACAUCGUGUGUGUGUGUGUAUGUGUGUGUGUGUGUGUGUGUGUGUGUGUGUGUUCUAACUCUAAAGUUCUAAGGCAGUGCUUCUCAACUUUCCUAAUGCAACCCUUUAACAUAGUUUCUCAUGUUGUGGUGACCCCCUCAACCAUAAAUUAUUUUCAUUGCUUUUUCAUGACUAAUUUUACUACUAUUAAACACCAUAAUGUAAAUAUCUGAUAUGCAGGAUAUCUGAUGUGUGGCCUCCCACCCCCAUGAAGGGGUCACAACCCACAGGUUGAGAAACACUGGUAAAUACAGUGAACCUGUCUUAAGUAUCUGCUGGUGAGGUUUUAUGCUGAAGAUGUGUUUCCUAAAUAAAGAAAGGGUUGGGGGUUGUCACCUUACAGGUACAUGUGUUGUUCUGACAUGUAAUGAGGAGUAGGACAGGACGUCUGGGAUAGAGUAGGACCACCCAAGGGACUUAGCAGUCCCCAGGGAAAUGGCAAAUCAUGGAGAGACCUCAAGGCAGGUCAUCCAGAGGAACCAUAGUAGCUACCUUGAUACUCUGUGACUCUGUUAGUCCCAAUUCCGUCUCUCUCGCUGCUUCCCACCAGAGAUUGUAGGCCUAGCCUCCUCUGCACAUUUGGGUGAGCAUGUGACCAGGUAUGGCCAAUGAAAUUGAAGUGGAAGUCUAUAGGAGCUACUAGAAAAGCCCAUGCCUUUUCUGAGAGCCUUGCUUUGUUUCUUCCUUCUUGAUUGAGGAUGCAAUGCCUGGACCAUUAGCAACCAUGUUUUACCUAAAGAAAAGGCCAAAAGAUCCAUAAACCCUAUGAUCAUCUGACCAAGCAAGUGCCAACAGCUCUCCAUCUCCAGAACCCUUGUAAAUAAAAAUAAAUUCCUGUUUGGUAAA